AUAAAAAGUCUUGAAAUUGUAAUGAAUAAUAAUAAUAAUCCCAAACACUUUGUCAAACUACUACACAUAUACAUAUAUAUUAGGGCAUGGGAACCAAAGUCUACCGUUAUAAAUUGAGAAAGAAAAGGGUAUAAACGUACUUUCACAUUUGGUCUAAAUCUUCAGUGCACAUAUUCACACAGCUCACUUCUCAGACUCCAUUGCUGUAAACACUGAAGCUUUCUCUCUCGUCUCUGCAAUGGAGCAACCUCCUUUGUUAGUAACUCUGCUACUUCUUCUCUCUCUUCUCUCGGCCAGAGCCUUCUCAGCUACUUCCCCACGAGUGGUCGUAGUCACCCCAACUCCGGCGCCUGUUUCUUCUCCGACCCCACCAAAGAACUCCACCUCCCCCGCUUCUCCUUCUCUUUCUCCAUCUUCAUCGCCGCCGUCUACUCCCUCGUCUCCGAGCUCCUCAACCCUCGACCCGAAGCAGCUCCGAGCCCUCCAAUCGCUCAACAUUCCCACCUCCAAAGAUCCCUGCACGCAUCCCACUCAGCUCCAAAGGAACAUCACUCUCUGCGACUCAUCCAAGCCGUUCAGCCACCUUAUCUCUCUGCGCAUCCUCAACUGCUCAGACGACGUUGCUUUGUCCUUCACUGCUCUCAAGUCCCUCUCCACUCUCCAGUCUCUCCAGUUCGUCAACUGCCCCAUUGCCCCGAUUAGCUUCCCGGCCGAGCUCGCCGAGUCUCUACGCUCCUUCACCUGCAUCAGCAGCCUCCGCAGACUCACCGGCGUCUGGUUAUCUCGCCUCCAAAACCUUACCGACCUCACAGUUUCCAAUGUUCAGGUUAACGCCAGUGGCCCUUUCGUAAUUCUCGGAAACAUGAAGAAGAUCAAGUCCGUAACCGUCUCUCACGCGAAUCUUACAGGAUUUUUUCCGAGGCACAUGAAUCCGAACCUCACGCUCAUCGAUUUUUCAGGUAACAAGCUCAGGGGGAGAAUACCCAGUUCGAUUAAUCGCCUCGAAAACCUUCUGACUUUGAAUCUUUCGUCUAAUACAUUCAACGGAGAAAUACCCACCACGAUUGGGGACCUCAUUUCGCUCAAAAACCUCUCUUUGGCGUCGAACUCGUUGUCCGGGGACGUCCCUGAUUCGAUGUCGGCAAUACCCGGUUUGGUCCACGUUGAUCUGAGCUCCAAUCAGCUCAACGGGACCAUUCCCAGGUACUUCACAGCAAUGAAGACAUUGAAGUACUUGAAUCUCGCUAACAACAACUUCCGUGGGGUAAUGCCGUUCAAUGCGUCGUUUAUCAGUAGAUUGACUGUGUUCAAAGUCGGUGGCAACGAUAAUCUCUGCUACAACAGAUCGAUUCUGUCGUCGAAAAUGAAGCUGGGAAUCUCUCCCUGUGAUAAACACGGGUUCCCCUUGUCUCCGCCUCCAGCGAAAGAUUCAUCGGAGGAUGACAACAGUGAUUCAGACUACAACGACAGUGAUUCCGAUGACACAUCCCGAAAGGACAGUCAUCGUGGCCCAAACAAGUACGUUCUUGGUGUGGCCAUUGGCCUCUCUUCCAUAGUUUUCCUCAUUAUUUUCUUGGUUCUUCUCUCAAAAUGCUGUCGCUGAAAAUUGAAAAUUUGUCUCUUGUUUGUUGUUCUAAGCUUGUUCUACAAAUUUAGUAGAUUAGGAAGAAGAUUAUUUUUUUAUUUAUUUCUUAAUUAAUAUUAAUUAUACUUCAUGUGAAAGAAGAGGAACAAGAAGAAGAAUUGGUGUGUGUAAUAUUUUCAUGGAAAAAAAAAAUUUGAAGCAAAGGGUAGUGGGGCUUUACACUUGUAUCAAUUUGUUUGUGUAAUUAGUAGCAAUAGAGGGGCAAAUAAAUAUGUUUGAUUUGUUAUCCUUAAAAUGUUAUUCUUUUUUUUCUUUU